CGAAAAAACGUAGGAUGGUGAAGAAGGGGAAAAGGACAAAAUGAUGUCAGUGACGAGAGGAUUCUUAGUCGAGCUAGAGGAAGAACUGGACUCUGGAGAGCUCUGGCUGGAAGUGGAACGGGGCGCCGAGUGGACAGUGAACAGUGACUGGUGGGAAAGCAGGAGUCGGAAAGGAACGAGCCACGGGUUGACUAGCAGUGGCGCAAAUCUUCACUUCUCUUUUCCUCUUUUCUCUCUUCUCUCUUCUCUCUUUGGGUUUGUGCCUUUCUUCUGUCGCUCUCUUUGGCUGGGUAAGGAUAUAAAUCAAUCAAAUCAACGAAGAGGGGGGAAUGGGUUACCCACCGUCACCACGGAUGACCGACAGUCGAGACGGAGGACUAACAAAGGGCGGGGUAAAUCGACGGGAGUCUAGAUACUUGAUCCGAUCUGGACAUUUCUUU